GUCAGCCGGAACCAGGAAAUGCCCAGCUAGUUGUCGCGUUGGUUUUAGCUGUUUCUGUUGUUUGUUUGUUUCUUCGUGGGUCACAAAUGGCGAGCUCCGCGGGUCUGGGUAGGACCGGACUGGGACUCUGGUCUUUGGCGCUGCUGCUGGUGCUGGUGCUGAUCGGGACGGUCGGUUCCGUGUCCGAACCGGGAAAAUGGAUCCUGAACAUCGACAGCGAAACUCUGAAGAAACAGAACCUCUUCUUCUUCACUAAAACUCUGUUCAACAGCAGCUCCAUCCAUCUCAAACUGGUGUCAGAGACCUGCAACUCGUCGACACCUGUCCAGCUGAACGUGUUGUGGUAUCUGAGGAACUCGCACUGCUACGAUGAAGUCUUCAGCCUGGACACGGCGCUCGCAGGAAAUUACUUCAACUCGACAGAGGUCAAACAAGGAGGAGGAAGUGGAUAUUAUGUUUUUCACCAAUAUCCUGCCAUCACCUGCCAGCCACACAUGAACCCCAACACGUUCGUCCUGGAUGUGCUUGAGAUGAAAACACGGUUGACAGAAGUGACACAUCAACAGCCGGUCACAGAGAAGACUUCAGGUCGGAGGAGACGGAGUGAUGCUCCUUCAAAACCUGCAAAGCCAAAGGCUGCUGCAGCACAGAAGGAGGGUGAUUCAGCCAAAAAGGAAAAAGCUGCCGUCCCUCCUAAAGGGGUCAGUCAGGCUGCUGCAGCACAGAAGGAGGGUGAUUCAGCCAAAAAGGAAAAAGCUGCCGUCCCUCCUAAAGGGGUCAGUCAGAUGGCUGCUUCUUCUCAAUUCGAUGUGGUGGCUGAGAGCUGGGAGGACGGACCUUACAUGUUCAUCCUGAGUAUCAAAGAGAUCAAAGACAAGAGCAGAGCCUCUGACCCCGCUAACCCUCCCACACCCUGGACUCUACAAUUGCAGAUCAGCAUGAGGGGUCCUCAUGACUACAUAUCAGCCGCUGAGUGGCCUAUGAUGGUGUUCUACAUGGUCAUGUGUAUCGUGUACGUGCUGCUGGCGGUGUUGUGGUUGGCUCUGUUGGCGUGCUACUGGAGGGAUCUGCUCAGGAUCCAGUUCUGGAUCGGAGGAGUCAUCUUCCUGGGCAUGUUGGAGAAAGCCGUCUACUACGGCGAGUUCCAGAGCAUCAGAUACGACGGCUUGUCAGUCCAGGGGGCGGUGGUGUUUGCUGAGGUGCUCUCUGCGGUAAAGAGGACUCUGGCCAGGGUGUUGGUGAUCAUCGCCAGUCUGGGAUACGGCAUCGUUAAGCCCAGACUCGGUGCGUUGCUCCACAGAGUAGUCGGAGUUGGUCUGCUCUACUUGAUCUUUUCCGUCAUUGAGGGGAUCCUACGAGUCAACGCUGAUCGAGGCGACCAAUCCAGGAGUAGACUUUUGUGUGACAUAGUGCUGGCCUUCACUGACUCCUGUGUUGUCUGGUGGAUCUUUGUGAGUCUGGCUCAGACGAUGAAGCUGCUGAAGCUGAGGAGGAACGUUGUGAAGCUCUCUCUCUACAGACACUUCACCAACACGCUCAUCUUCGCUGUCAUAGCGUCGGUCAUCUUCAUCAUUUGGAGCACCAAGACCUUCAAAAUAUCUAAAUGUCAGUCUGACUGGAGGGAGCUGUGGAUCGAUGACGCGUUCUGGCGCUUCUUGUUCUCCAUCAUCCUAUUGGUCAUCAUGUUCCUGUGGAGACCGUCAGCCAAUAACCAGAGGUAUGCCUUCAGUCCUCUGUUUGAUGAAGAGAGUGAGGAAGAGGAGAAGGAGCCCAUGAUGAACGAGGCUUUCGAGGGGGUGAAAAUGAGGGGCAUGAAAAAUGAGACCAACGGCGCAGCCAAAGCCAACAAGGUGGAUGAGGAUCUGAAAUGGGUCGAAGAGAACAUCCCUUCAUCUAUGGCAGAUGUCGCCCUGCCCCCCCUGCUGGACUCUGAUGAGGAAACCUUGACGACUAAGUUUGAGAUGUCCAAGAUGGAGUGAACGCAGAAGAGGAAGGACAAGCGGAUGGAGAGGAGUGUUUGUAAAACAGAGUCUGGUGAACAGACGGGUGUAUAAUGCAGAUUAAUGUUGGUGAACAAAGUGGAUUAAAAGAGAAGGAUGGCUGUUUCCGGGCACAUGUGAAGAGGGUUAGACGAAGUGAUGGAUGAAAGAGGGAACGCCCAGAAGGAGUGUUUGCUUUACGAGGCGGCGGUGUCUGUGUGUGAUUUAACCCCGACUUUAUGAGCUUUGUAAGCCUUGAUUGUAUAUACGCUGGGAGUAAAAUCAGUCACAGCAGCACAAAGAUUCUUUUUAUUUUCAUUGUUUGUAUUUAUAUUUCGAUAUCUGUUGUUAUUGUUGUUUUUUGACACAUUUGAUCUAAUGAGGUUCUCUGCUAUAGAGUGACUUGUUUGCCUUCUCACGUGCGGAAAUCUGAUUUUCCAAAAUUGUCUCAUCAAAUAUUUUGUGUGUGAGCUCUCUCUGUCAGUGCUGUUGGGUUGUUGUUGAGUCAAUGGUUGAGAAAGAAACGAAACGACAUAAACAAAUUUCUAAAUUGCUUUUGGUCCCUUUGGUUUUGGAUUCAUAUUUUGCCAGCUAUGGUUCCAGUCUAUUUGUAUUUGAACCAUUAAAACUGUUCACAUUUGGAUCAUUUUAUUCAGACUGCGUAUGACAGUUGGCAUAUUUUCUUGUUUUACUUUGUCUUCAUGUCUGUAACAAGAGGAUUGAUAUGUUGCAGCAAUUAAAAUGUAGAACAUCUUUGAUUCACUCUGAGGAAAUUCGCCCCUGGUUUCAUGAUCAGCAUUUCAGGUCACACUACAUCCUUCAUGAUGAUGAUGAUGAUGAUGAUGAUGUGCGUUAAGAUGACUUGUGAGGCCUCCUGAGAGUUUUAAAGUGUGUUUGCAGAGCCUUGUCAUACGCGGACCUUCCCCAGCGGCUCAAGGAAUGUCAGUUGGUCGGUCCAGCACUAGGUCAAGACUGCAGUAUCUCAACAACUGGAUAGAUCAUCAUUACAUUUUGUAGACAUUCAUGUUCACCGCAGGAUGAAUCCUGCUGACUUUUGGCGAUACUCUGACUUGUAGGCCACCAGCAAGUUUACAAUUUGGAACUUUUACUAAAAUACAAUUAACUAUUGGAUGGAUUUCUGUGAAAUUUGUUCUCAGCUUUUCAUGGUGUCCAGAGGAUGAA